CUGGAGCGCGCGGCCCUGCGGGUGACAGGCGGGCGGGAAGGGGCGGGGCCUCGGGCGGGGCCGCCGGGGGGAGGAGGGCGGCGGGAGGGGAGGAGUGGAGAUGGCGGCGGCGGCGGCUCAGGGGGGCGGGGGUGGGGAGCCCCGGAGAGCCGAGGGGGUCGGCCCGGGGGUCCCGGGGGAGGUGGAGAUGGUGAAAGGGCAGCCGUUCGACGUGGGCCCGCGCUACACGCAGCUGCAGUACAUCGGCGAGGGCGCGUACGGCAUGGUCAGCUCGGCCUAUGACCACGUGCGCAAGACUCGCGUGGCCAUCAAGAAGAUCAGCCCCUUCGAGCAUCAGACCUACUGCCAGCGCACGCUCCGGGAGAUCCAGAUCCUGCUGCGCUUCCGCCAUGAGAAUGUCAUCGGCAUCCGAGACAUUCUGCGGGCGUCCACCCUGGAAGCCAUGAGGGAUGUCUACAUUGUGCAGGACCUGAUGGAGACUGACCUGUAUAAGUUGCUGAAAAGCCAGCAACUGAGCAAUGACCACAUCUGCUACUUCCUCUACCAGAUCCUGCGGGGCCUCAAGUACAUCCACUCCGCCAAUGUGCUCCACCGGGAUCUAAAGCCCUCCAACCUGCUCAUCAAUACCACCUGCGACCUUAAGAUUUGCGAUUUCGGCCUGGCCCGGAUUGCCGAUCCUGAGCAUGACCACACUGGCUUCCUGACGGAGUAUGUGGCUACACGCUGGUACCGGGCCCCAGAGAUCAUGCUGAACUCCAAGGGCUAUACCAAGUCCAUCGACAUCUGGUCUGUGGGCUGCAUUCUGGCUGAGAUGCUCUCUAACCGGCCCAUCUUCCCUGGCAAGCACUACCUGGAUCAGCUCAACCACAUUCUGGGCAUCCUGGGCUCCCCAUCCCAGGAGGACCUGAAUUGUAUCAUCAACAUGAAGGCCCGAAACUACCUACAGUCUCUGCCCUCCAAGACCAAGGUGGCUUGGGCCAAGCUUUUCCCCAAGUCAGACUCCAAAGCCCUUGACCUGCUGGACCGGAUGUUAACCUUUAACCCCAAUAAACGGAUCACAGUGGAGGAAGCGCUGGCUCACCCCUACCUGGAGCAGUACUAUGACCCGACGGAUGAGCCAGUGGCCGAGGAGCCCUUCACCUUCGCCAUGGAGCUGGAUGACCUACCUAAGGAGCGGCUGAAGGAGCUCAUCUUCCAGGAGACAGCACGCUUCCAGCCCGGAGCGCUAGAGGCCCCCUAACCCAGACAGACAUCCCUGCACCCUGGGGCCUGGACCUGCCUCCUGCCUGCCCCUCUCCGCCAGACUGUUAGAAAAUGGACACUGUGCCGAGCCCAGACCUUGGCAGCCCAGACCAGGGUGGAGCAUGGGCCUGGCCACCUCUCUCCUUUGCUGAGGCCUCCAGCUUUAGGCAGGCCAAGGCCUCCUCCUCCCCAGCUGCCCUUCCUACAGGACCUCGGGCGCUCAGGUGGCCCCAGUUCAAUCUCCCACUGCUGCUGCUGCACCCUUACCUUCUCUAGUGUCCCAGUCUCUGGCAGUUCUGGAAUGGAGGGGCUCUGGCUGCCCUGACCUGCUGAGGGGCAGGGGUGGAGGGUGGGGGGCGCUGAGUAGGGACUCAGGGCCAGGCCUGCCCCCCUCAUCUCAUUUAAACCCCACCCUAUCUUCCCUGAAGGAACAUUCCUUAGUCUCAAGGGCUAGCAUCCCCAAGGAGCUGGGCUGGGCUGAAUCCCCUCCCCGUCAAAGCUGUCACUUCGAGUGCCCUCGCUGCUUCUGUGUGUGGUGAGCAGAAGUGGAGCUGGGGGGCGUGGAGAGCCCGGCGCCCCUGCCACCUCCCUGACCCGUCUAAUAUAUAAAUAUAGAGAUGUGUCUAUGGCUGA